AGUUUCGAGUUUGGCGAACAUUAGCGACGGCUUGUCGCACCAGUAGAAGGGAGUGGUACGUCAAAAACUGACGCACAUCAGUAGUGUAUUGUGCGCCAACGAAAAUCUCAAAUAUAUUAUUAUUCAAUUUCUAGAUUUUUUUUCCUUCAACAUCUCAUUUUGUGAACGCUAAAUAAUUCAACUUAACUCAACUCAACUCAACUGAACUGUACUUAACUUUUGUGCGUUUCUCAACUUGAACUAUCUGCAAACUUUUAACUUUUAAUUAAACUCUAUGUGAAUAGUGAAUCUUCCGCCAACGAGAAGGUGGCGAAUCUGUCACAUACGGUACUGACCUGCGUACGUGUGCAUGCGCGUGUGUGUGUAUGCGUGCUGGCAGCCUAUAAAAAUCGUUAAAUUACAUGAUGAUGAAACUCUUCCGCGUCGUCUCAACUCUACUCUAUUCUUCUUUCAAAAACUGCUUGCUACUAUAUCCUGCACUAAAUAUAUACUAUGUAACCAAAUCAUUUGUUAAAUAGAGAAAAAAUAUAGAAAAACACAAAAAAAAAACAAAAUAAAAAUCUACCGCAAUAUAGUUGCAUGGAACUUUCGACAUUACGCUGUUGCUAUCCAAACAAUUUUCGCUGAUUUUGCACUUAAGAAAUAUAUACUUAAAGAAAGGACGAAAAAAAAGGAGGCUAGCGUGUGGAAAAAUUGCAGAAAAACAAGCAUAUAACAUAAAACAUUAACAAUUGUGAAUAACGGUGGAAAGAAACGAACAAAGCAAGUCGUGGUCGCAGCAGUUGAAAAGAGAAAGAUACCGUCGCAACGGAAGAAGACGACGCAGAACGUAAAAUGCAAACAAAAAGCACAAACGCAAUGAGGCAUAAGUAGUAAUAGCAAGUAGUUGAUGAUGUAGUUGUCAUAUUGGUGUAGUCAAAACGGUGGCCAAAUAUUUAGCGUGAUUUAAAUGCAAAUGCAACGACAGAACACAGAACAGUUAUAUGUCAACAUACCAAUCCGCAAGCUAAUGAAUCACUCGACUUACCAUCCACUGGCCGCAUUACUCAUACAACAAAAACUAUGAGAGAAAAAGUUUCAAGAAAAUUCAGCUCAUUUAAUAUAAAAGAAAACUAACACAAGCAAUACAAAUAUAAAUAACGAAAAGCAACAACAACAAUUAUGUGUGAAACAAAAUUACGUCAACGAUACAACGAAGCAAUACUCAACUGUGAGCAAAACCACAAAAACAAAAUCAAGUAAACAAAAAGCAUAAAUAAUUAAAAUUUUAGAUUUAGCAUACAACAUUGAAAUUAAAACAUUAGAGGCGUUCAAAACGUUGGAACAUUAUAAAUUUACAAUUAAUAGCAAAUUCACACUUAUCAAAUAAGUAUUUGGCAAUUACGAUACACCAAACAAAGAAAGCGCAGAAGAAAGAGUUUUAAAACAAUUUUAUGUGAGCAAAAGCGAGUCACAAACCCCCUCACUUGAAUGGUGCAAAGCGAACUUCUCCAACAAAAUGUCCGUCGAUUGCAUGCGACCAACGAGCAAUAAGAUCGUCAUCACGCCCGGUGCAACACUAUGCUAUGCCACGAACACUACGGCACGAGCGUCACAACACCAGCAAACACGAUCCACAAUACGACAGCAUACGACGGCAGCUGUGAGAUCAGCGCGGCCACAACAACACGCAAAUACAGCAACAUGCAAAGGCAAAGCACUGGCAACGGCCAAACCAACCGCGUCGCUUCCGAAGCAACAGUCGACGAUAGUGGUGGUUAGAAAGCCUGCCGGACCAGUUACACCGCCGCCCCUACAGCCGAAAACUAAAUAUGCAUCACUUGUACCGUUAUCGCGUAGCACAACCAAGCGCAUGCGCAGUGUCGGUAAUCAGAAAUCGCCAAAAGAUCCGCUUACUAUGGACCGCAUUGAUAUGGAAUUUGAGGAUGGCACAAGUGAUUUGGAGGUAUGCAAGCGACUCGAGUGGUCGGCCGCACAAUCGUUAGUCGAAAUGAAUGCGAAAGAGAAACAGCGACGUAGCGUUGCCGCAGUACAGACGACAAUAGAGCGGAAAUCAUUACCGUCGGUGGCGACUCAAAAGAUUGCAGUAGUGCAGAGCCCGGUCAAUGGAACCGUUUUGAGUGACGCAGGUUCACACUGCAAUGGUGAUAUAAAUAGAGUGGAACAACGGCGCAAUGUUGUCAAGUGGAAUACCAGAAAUAACAACAACAACUACAAAGCAACUACUAAUGAAAACACAACCGUAAAAUGUGUAGCACCAUUAACAACCAUUGGUGGAAGAUCACCUGCUGAAGAUGGCAAAGUUAUAUUCUAUGCACCACCAGCUGGUGGAUUCAACAUCAAUCAAACAUCCACUCAGGCGCCAACCUUUGCGAUCAAACAAGAACCAACAUUGCCGGCGUUUUAUCGCGAACGCAGUAUCGAGGAGACCGAAGCCGCCCACGAUCUACUCUCACUAUCACAAAGUCUACCGCCACUAACACCGCCUUGUGUCGUCACCAUACUACAUCAGCAGGAGGCGUCGACUAACCGCAACCACAACAACCAUUACACCACCAACAACAACAACAACAACAGCACAAUACAACACCAAAAUCAGUAUCAACCACAAAUACAACAAACCACAGGCAUCAUGCAUGAAAUAUCCAGUGCUUCCAAACAGCAAAGAGCUGGCGUCGUAUCACAACCGCAGCUCGCACCACCACCACUUUGUGCGGCAACAAUUAAUGCGGAUAACUUUACUAUAUUUACGGUGGAAGAGAUCCAAACGUCCACACAUCGGCCAACCGCACACGGACAAGGUCCCCCAAAGAUACGUUACAUUAGCAGCGGCAGCAGUAGCUCGUAUGAUAGUCUCGCAGGCGCAAAUACACCAGAUAACUCAGAGAACUGUUCACCACUAACGCCACCAAAUUCCGAUCAUUCAUCCGAUAUAGACAUCGAUAUGUCCUCCUCAUCGGAGUCAGGUCACUCCAAUUCGAACUAUCAACCUACGCUUAAGUUGUGGAUCGACGAACCGAUGGCAGCUUACAAAAUGCGACGCACUUCCACCAACGCAAUGGCAAUUGAUGAAGUGAUCGAUGGAAAGACCAGUCACACCGCCGCCAAGCUGGGCCUUAAUAUACUAGAUGGGCGCACCAAAGCGAGCCGUUGCCACAAGGAGCCAAUCGAAACGCACACAGCUGGCAACUACGGCGCGAACGCCACAGAUACGGACGCAUAUGUGAAGAAGAAACGCGGCAGUUACAAGUGCUCCGAAUGUGGCAAACAGUAUGCGACAUCGAGUAAUCUCUCGCGUCACAAGCAAACGCAUCGCUCACUUGAUUCGCAAUCGGCGAAAAAAUGCAACACUUGCGGCAAAGCUUACGUCUCGAUGCCGGCACUAGCCAUGCAUCUACUUACGCACAAGCUCUCGCAUAGCUGCGACAUUUGUGGCAAACUAUUCUCACGCCCUUGGCUACUACAGGGUCAUCUACGCUCACACACCGGUGAGAAACCGUACGCGUGCUCACACUGCGGCAAAGCGUUCGCCGAUCGCUCCAAUCUGCGUGCGCACAUGCAAACGCACUCGAUUGAUAAGAAUUUCGAAUGCAAACGUUGCCACAAGACAUUCGCACUGAAGUCGUACCUAAACAAGCAUCUGGAGUCGUCAUGCCUCAAGGAUAUGAUGGGCAUGUCUAGUGAGGAGGCGGCCGACUUGUACGGCGGGCAUGGUGAAGGCGAAGGCGAUGGUGAAGGCGAAUCAACGACAGCGCAAAGCAGUGAUGAUAAUGACGAAGAUAUAGUCGUCGCAUAGAUGCCGAUAAAAAUCUGUUUAGAGACGGCAAUAUAAGAAAGCUGCAAUGAACAGAAUGUGUGCCAGGGUAAGUGCAAAAGCUUAGUAGUGAUGUGAAAGUUUCUUUUAAAUGCGUAAGCUUUUUUCUGAAAGCUCUUCCUAAACAAUGGAAAGCAUAAAAUUUUUACCAAUCGCUAUUGUAAAGUAGUUUUAAAAAAAUAUUGUAAAAGUAGUUUUCUAUAGUAAGAAGUUCGAUAGUUAAAGUAAAAGUAGAAAAAAAGUGAAACGAAAUGAUAUAUGAGUAAAAGGAAGAGACGUGAAAGCUAAAGUGAAAGCUGUAGAUUUUUUCGCAAAAACGCAAUUAAACAACAAUACAAAACCUACCAACUUUAAGUAAAAAUCCCAUGCAACGAAUAUUAUGGAACAUAAGUAGAAAUUCUAUAUAUACAUACACAUAUAAAUAUAUAUAUACAACAAAAUUAUUAUAAUUAUUAUUAUUGAAAUUAUUAUGAAGCAAAUAUUAUUAGGAUUUAUUAAUAAGAAAAAAUUUAAAUUAGAAAGUGUGUUAUGUUGGCACCUGAGGCAAGUGAACAUUUGAUAUAUUCGUAGUGGAAAUUACAAACAAAAACCAAAAGAACAACAAAAAUACAUAAAAAAUUCUUAAAAUAAGUAAAGACAUAAAAAUUAGAAAAGCAGUCAGUAGCGCCAUCUAGUAAAAGAGAGUGAAAAAUAUAGCAACUUUCACUCUUCAAGCAAGCAAAUAAGCACUGUAAGUGCGCUCAAUCUAGCUGAGCGAGUAGAUAAGCGCCAUUUAUUUGAGGUUAUGAAAUUCUGCGUUUAAGAUCAAAGCCCAUACAGAGGCAUGUUUUAUAUAUAUAAAAUCAUAGUUAAAUAUGUUUAUGCAUUGACAUAUGCAUACAGACAUGUUUAUACGAUAUACAUACACAUUUAUAUAUGUAUAUAUAUACAUAUAUAUAUAUAUAAUAUUAAUAAAAGGCAUUGAGCAGCAGUUGAUAUUUUUUUAAAGUAUUAGUCAUAUACAUAUAUUUUACUUGAUGAAGUGACAUAUUAAGCAAAAAUGGCGGAAAAUUAAAAAAAUUUAAUUACAUUGAAUUAAAAUACUCUUAAAGUACUGCAUUCUAAAGCUUAUAUGCUUAGAAUAGUAAUUUACAUCACUAAGGCAUGCAGUCCAAACCCAAAGGAAAUGCAAACUCAUUAAAACGUUCUGUAGAAAAUCUGGCGUAAUAAUUUUUAAAAUUAUUUUAAAUAUUUUUUUAUAAUACAACAACGAAGCUUGACAAAAAAUAAUAAUUUGUAUUUCACGCAUGGCACAUUUAUGGUUUCAAUUUAAUAAGAAUUCAAUUAUCCGAUACUCAUUUAUGUGAACCUCUCAAACCAUUGAAAUAAAUAUUUCUAAAAUACUCCAAAAAAAACUUAUUUUUCAGUAUAGUUUACGUAAAUUUGUUUAUAUAAAUUUGGAAUCAACUUAUUCCUACAUUUAACUGUCAAAUGUUAAUAUUUUUAAUUAUCAAAUAAUCGGGAAAAUCCUUUAAUCGGAUAUUCAAAGAUUCGAAACAAUUAAAUAAUGAAGCAAAAACAAAAUACAAGAAAAAGAUUCCAAAGCUUUGCAAGCAUUUUAUUUACGUAGAAUUGAAGAUAAUAUACUUAUGAAAGUAUAUUAGUAGUUACCGUCCAGACCAAACGUCAAUUCGCAAAUAAAAAUAUAAAGAUCAAAAAUAAAUAUUUGUUCUUAAUUAAUUAUCCCUUUUUUGGUAUUUUUUUAAAUUUAUUUUAAAAAACGGUUGUAUUUUUGCUUGAAAAGUACGUACAGAAACGUCUUUUCACCUCUCUUGUAAAACGAGAUCUCUUUAAGGUUCUCUUUAUUUUUAGAAAUAAGAAAAAGUCACACAAAGCCAAAUCUGGCGAAUGUGGAGGCUGGGAGACAUUGUUACAGUAUUGGUUUUGUUCAAGAAUUCACAAACAAGCGACGAAGUGUGUGUGUGAGCAAACGAAAUUCGACAAGCUCAUAAAACCAUGUCUAACCUAAUUGUUAAAAUACGUAAUUAAAAAGUAGCAAAUAAAAAACUGUAACCAAUAACUUAAAAAAAUGCUUACUUAAACGAAUAAAAUGCCUAUCGCCUUUUUACAAAAACCAGAUAUUUUGAAGUGUUAAUUUUCGAUUGAAAAUUUGAUCUUUUUCGAUAUUAACUCAAAAUAAUAAGAGUGAGAGAGCGCGAGAAAAAGUGUUGUCACGAAAGUUGUAGAUCUUUUUAUUACCGACAACAUUGUCAUUUGACUUUUUUCCAUAGGACUCGGAAUUUCCCGGAAAUCGAUUUAAACUGUUUUUAAACCUUGCAAAAUUCAGACACGCCCCUACCCUUGCUCUUCGUAACCUCAGAUACAUUUUUUUUUCUUCCAUUUUCGUUAUUUUAUCUUUAUAUUCCUAUGAAUUUCAUCUUGCUAUGAUUUUGUUUUUAUUUUACUUUAAAAAAUUAUCGUCCAUAAACCAAACAGAAUGGAAUAAGAUGAGAGGGGAAUUUUUUCUUUCGUAGGAUAUUUGUGCUUUAAUUUUGCUAAGAGCAAUAUUUGCUUUGCUGAAACUCUAUUUUUUGUUUUGUAGUAACCAAAGCUCCAAAUUGACUAAUAAUUAAAAAAAAAAUUUUCGCUAGUCCAGUAAAUAUCUUUGUUCAAUUAAAUUAUUCCAUAUUAUCAUUGCACAGAAGUUUCACAACCUAAAUUUAGACAAUUAACUUUUAAUUGUCAAUUUAAAAUAUAAAUUUUUUUAUCUAAAUUGAGUCGUUAUGAAGAAUGAUGACAUUUGGAAUUUUUUUUUUCAGCAAAUUGAGCUCAAUUAGACGUAUUAUUAUUGCUACUACAAUACUUUCUUGUAUUAUAACUUGUAUUCUAGUAUUAUAACAACUGUUGUUAUAGUGUAUUUAUUUAAGUUUUAGCUAUAGUUGUUUAGAAUAACGAAACAGAGACGCUUUACAUUUACAUACAUAAUCGUUUUCCAAAAAUUUUAGCGACUUUUGGCGUUAAUUUCCGUUAAUUUUAAAAUCCUGUUUAAUUACCAAAUUAACCUCAAAAUUACUCAAUUAAUAUGUCUUAUUAUUACCGACACAGGCAUAUUUAAAUUUAAAUAUUUGAAUUUUUUUUUUUGGAAUUACUUUCAUUUUUUUUUUAUUUAUUGUAUAUUUUGUAAUUUAAUCAAAAAAUAUUGUGAUUAGUUACUACUUUAACCCAUGAAUUACUCAAUCGAAAUGUCUCAUUAUUGUUAAAAUACGCUUAAAAUUAAAUAAGUGUAUAUAUUUCCUUCGAAAUUAACUUUAUUUGUUUAAUUUAAUCCAAUUAUAUUGUUAUUAAUUACUAAAGUAACCUUAAAAUUGCACAAUUAAAAUGGCUUAUUAUUAUUUUCAAUAUAUAAUUAAAUUUUAUAUUUACUUUAUUUAAUAAUUAGAGAGAACUUUUCCUUCAACUCACAGUUAUUUACGCCAUAUUUACGCCAGUUUUCUACCCCAAAAAUUAACUUUUGCAUUAUUUUUAUUGCAAGCCAUUUCAACAGAUUCAAUUUCUUACAAACUAACACAAUAUGUACAUACUUACAUAUUAUACAUAUGUACUAAUUAACAUUCAAUUACUCAGAAUUAAGAAUAAUGAGAGCAAACAUUUAGAAACAUAUCACAAGGACAAUACUUAAUCAUAAAUCAAGUUUAUAAUAAAAAUAAAAAACAAAACAAAAAAUUAUAAAUAUAUAUACAUAUAAAUAAUUAUAGUAUAAAUUAACAAAAAAAAUUACUAUGCAAACAUACACACAUAUUUACAUUUGUUUACUAAUUAAGCAGAAAAUUACUUAUACAAUACAUUCAUAAUUUACGCAGUUAAAGCUUAGAAAUUGCAUUUCAAUUAAUAGAAACAUAGUUGAGCGCAAACAAAAAUGCUUUUAAUGAAAUUCCCAAGUAUAUAUUUAUUGAUAUUUUGAACAAUAGUGGAACUUGGUUCACAUGUAACAUACACACAAACGAGUAUACAAACACAAGUCAAUACAAUUAUUUUCUAUGCAAAGCGAAAGCUUAAACAAAACUGCAAGCAAUGCGUUUGAUUGAAAACAAUGAACAAAAAUAUAUGAAAAUUAAUUACAAACAUUUUAAAAAAAUCAAAGAAAUAUUUUAAACACAAACGAAUUAAACAAAAUUAUAAAAAAAAAUUAUAAAAAAGCGAGUAUUGGAAUUUAGAGCAAUAAGAAAAAAUUUGCAAAGCAUUAACGAAAGCAGUAAUUAUUAUAAAAAAAAAAUCUUUAUAAACAAACAAAAUAUAGUAGUAGUAGUGAAGAAACGCUAAAAAAUAAAAAUAAUAAUAAAAAUAAAUAAAUAAAUGAUUGCACGCAUUUUAGCAGUUUGAAUGAUUAAUUGUCAAUUAAGUCAGUAAAACGAAUUAAUUAGUGAAAAGUGACUGAUGUCGCUAAAAAUUUUUUAAGGAGUGCAAUUAAAAUUGUAGAUAUACACAGUGAAAGUCUUAAGUGAGCGCAGGAAAGUAGUUAAAAUAUGCUUGCCCCAAUAUAUACGAGUAUAUAUACAUAUAUACAAUUAUAUAUAUACAUAUAUAUAUAAAAUUUUUAAAUGAUGAUGAAGUUGAAGAUUUUUCAAAAUCUUAAGAACGCUAUGAAAAUUGAGAAAAAAAAAAUUAAGUAAAUAAUUAUAAAAAAAUUAUUAAAAAUUACGAGCUAAGCAAAUGCUCAUACAUACUUACGUAUUUAUGUAUGCGUAAAAAAUGUAAUUGUCAAAAGAGACAAACCACAAUUAGUACAUAAAUUAUAUAUACAACGACAUUUUGAGAUUGAGCAACAGAUUAUGCGAAAAACACAAUAUUAUUGAUCAAUACUUAUUACAUAUUAUUAAUGCUAGAUAUUUAAUGAAUAUAUAUACAAAGUAACAUACUUAUAUAUUUUAGCGUAUAAAAUACCAAAACUAACAUUACUAGUAUAUAUAAGCAUGAUAUACAAAUAUAAUAUAAAGUAGACACCCAACUGCUUAUAUACAAACAUACUUGUAUACAUACAUAUAUACACACAUAGAUACACAUUAAAAAUCUAUAACUGUAAAACCAUAAAAUUCUGAUUCUGAUUUUAUUUAACAGCUUUUGAAAGCAAAAAGUCUUGCUUCCGAUUUUUUCCGAAACUUUUAUGGUACAUUGAAGACUAUCAAAAUGUAUUGUUUGAGUUCACCACUGCCACCCAUUGGUCUGUGGGUUCAAAUCUGAUGACACUAACUUAAUUAAUUUGUUGACUUUUAAAAGAAGAUAUCGUCCGCCUUUGAAUAUUAUUUUCAGCUGUUCACUCUCUCUAAAUUGGCUAAUGAAAAAUUACUAAAACCAAAAGUAAUCGCAUUUAGCGGAGAAAGCAAUAAAGAUUAAGAUUUCUGCAAAUUAUUUUCAGUUUCCAGUAAAGAAAAUGCUUAUGCUAUGCUUUAGUCACAAGGUUCCCACAUCUUUCUUUUGAAUGAAUUUCGAAUCAACUGUCGUUAGGCCGAAAUAAUGAUUCAUCAUUAUGAAUGACAAAAUUACAACUUCUAUCUUUUCUUGUUGUUUGGCUGACAAGGCUCAAUCUGGCUGUUAUCGCAAAUAUGUAACGAACGCUCUUUCGAUGAGAUGGGGGUACCAUAGCGAGAGGGGUGUUAGAUGAGUGGGAUUAAUUGAGUACGAAAAGAGGUGGUUAGAGUCAUGCGGGGACUCAUUAUGCAGGACAUUUAUUUGAUCACUCUAGAUUCUCGGUACAACUCGAGCUCUUCGUCUGCAAUAGAUGAUGGUUAGACUCCAAUCAUGGAAUGACCUCUUGAUGCUUCUAAGAGGGGGUUUCGCUUCAAGCAGAUGACUGCAAGUGUGAUUUCUACGAGAGUAUCCUAUCAAAAACUGUUUUGAGAGGAGUGCACUGUAUUAUCUAACUAAAAGCCUACAGGCCUCACUAUGCAGGUGUUCAAGGGGAGAAAUCAAAAGACAUACUGUUAUCGCACGGAGUGUAGUGUUGUGGCACGUCUGAAGCAUCUUCGUCUGUGUUUCACUACAUUCAGGCGACCAUUGCCUUGCAAGUUGUCAACAACGUUUACCCAAAGCUGCUGCCUUCUAGCGACUUAAGGAUUUUGUUACGACUCUGUAGUUUGCGAUGAGAUCACGUAUGCGGAGUGAAAGAAUACAGUCUGUUAGUUGUAACACCUGAUAUUUAUGUCGUGAAAUGUUUUCGCGAACAUAUUCCAUUACGCUAUCAAUAGACAUUCGUUUGCUUUUGGAAGUUUUAAUUUGAGGCCCUGUUAAAGCUGUUUAUAUAAUUUUUUUCUUGCAAGUUUACGCACUUCUUCCAAAGUGCUUUGAACUUUUCUAACGGCAAACUUUAGUUAUUGUUGCAGCCUUUAAUUUGAAAUGAAUUUCUGCUUGUGAUUUUCUACAUACGAAACCAAACACAUUAUUCACACAUAAAGCCAGAAAAAAUUUUAAAAAAUACAACAAAAAUCUCUUGCACAAAUAAAAAACGUAAAUUAAAUAAAUAACGGUAAAAUGGUAAAAAUAAGUUUAGCGCUUAAAUAAAGAGUAUAUGUAGAGAUGAUUAAGUCGAAACCAUGGAAUAUACAACCAAAUAACACCAAAACCAUACAAUUUGUAAUUAGUACAUAUUUAUUCAAAUAUAAUAAUAAUUAUUAUUUACCUACAAGAAAAAAAAAAAUAUUAAUUAAAAAAAACUUUCUAGUGCAUAUUAAAGUUGGAAAUGAGGCAAUUAUACGAGUAUAAUAAAUAAGUGCAUAAAACAUUUUGCAAAAUAAGACUUGAAAUGAGAUUAACAAAACCCAAAAACAAAAAGCGAAAACAUUUAAUAUACUAUUAUAAAUAAAUAAACAAUUAUACAUGCAGUUAAUGAAAGAAUAAUAAUAAACUUAUAUUUAAUAUAAAUACUUUAAUAUUUAAAAGAAAAAGCAAUUAACAAAACAAAAACAACGACAACGACAUGGCAGUUGAUAUGCUUUGAGAUUUACAAAGAGUGAAUAAGAAAAAUUAAAACACACACACAUACACCAAUAUUUAUUGCAUGCGAGAAAAGAGGAGAAGUGAAUUUAUGCUAACAACAUUUUAGGCUUAUAUCGUUUAUUUUCCACGGAAAAUACAUAUAUACACGCAUAUGAGCAUACAUAUGUACAACUUAUGUAAAAAACAAACGAAAUACGAAAAGCAAAAGUAAAGUCAAUAAAUUGAAAAAAAACACUUGAUAAAAAACAAAAUAUACAUAUUUACAUUUGAAAACACUUAGUAUCGAAUAUUUGCGCAUAACGGUAUGCAAUUUUGAACGUUUAACGCAAAACAAUAUGGUAGUGAAACAUACAUACAAACAAUACAUGCAAUACAUACAUACACUUUGCUUGACUUUGUACUCAAAACUUGAAACUAGUUCGAAAUCCAGUACUUUUGCACUUAGAAAAUUUCCAAUUAAUAUUGCUGAACUAAAUAAUAUGUUAACUUGCGCUAACUAGUUAAUUAUUAGUUGAAAAAAUAAUGCAAAUAGCAUGCCACAGAUAAGCGUUUAACUAGCUACGUAGUCGAUGAAGGCUCUGCGCAGAGAGGAGGAAAAAGUAAACACAAACUCACACACACAAAGAAACAAAAUGUUUUUUUUUGGAAAAUAGAAAAAGAAAAAAAUUGAAAACAAACUCACACACACAAACACAAGAUACUAGCAAAAAACAAAAAAAAAAUUAUGAGAAUUUUAACUGCAGCAUGACAAAUACAUACAUACAAGUAUAUACGUAAUUUUUUCUUUACGAAAAGUAGACAACGAAAAUUUGGCCAACUAAAGUCCUACACACACAUAUAUGUACAUCCCCAUAUACAUAAAAAAAUUGAAUGAAUAAAUAGUUUUCCAAACCAAACUCCAACUAAUACAUAUAUAUAUAUACACAUAUAUACCCAACAUACAAACAAAUAUAAAUACACACACACACAAUUUCAACCAUAAAAUAACAGUUUUUCCAAAUUCAUAGGAUUUACACCUACAGUUUACCCAAAAAAAAAGCUAAAUCAUAAACAUUAAAAUAAAACUAAAAACAAAUAAAACAUUUAAAUUUAACAAACAAAUACUCAGCAUUAAAAGUCCCAUUAUUUAUGGACGCAGUGUGCAUGGUGUUAGGCGCCAGCUGUAGAAUUUACAAUACAUAAUAUAUAUACGAGUCAAAUACUAGUCACAUGUGGCAGCCGAACAUUUGUCGCCGCCAUCAAAUGAACA